GAGACAGCCCGCCGGCCGCCCGGAUCUCCACCUGCCACCCCAGAGCUGGGACAGCAGCCGGGCUGCGGCACUGGGAGGGAGACCCCGCCGUGGCCUCUUCUGCCACCCACGCCCCCACCCCUGGCAUGGCCGACCAGCUGACUGAGGAGCAGGUCACAGAAUUCAAGGAGGCCUUCUCCCUGUUUGACAAGGAUGGGGACGGCUGCAUCACCACCCGCGAGCUGGGCACGGUCAUGCGGUCCCUGGGCCAGAACCCCACGGAGGCCGAGCUGCGGGACAUGAUGAGUGAGAUCGACCGGGACGGCAACGGCACCGUGGACUUCCCCGAGUUCCUGGGCAUGAUGGCCAGGAAGAUGAAGGACACGGACAACGAGGAGGAGAUCCGCGAGGCCUUCCGCGUGUUCGACAAGGACGGCAACGGCUUCGUCAGCGCCGCCGAGCUGCGACACGUCAUGACCCGGCUGGGGGAGAAGCUGAGUGACGAGGAGGUGGACGAGAUGAUCCGGGCCGCGGACACGGACGGAGACGGACAGGUGAACUACGAGGAGUUUGUCCGUGUGCUGGUGUCCAAGUGAGGCCGGCGCCCACCAUGCUCCUGGGCGCCCACGCGGCCCACAGGGCAAGAACCCCGGGCCUCCCGCCUCCUCCCCCAUCCCCCUGCCUCCCCUGGGCACUGUGGCUUCCUCCUGCGCCUGGUUGAUUCAGCCCACCCCUCUGCAUCCCGCUUCCCGCAUCUCUUCUCUGCUCUCCUGCCGACCUUCCCACCUGCUCAUCUGAAUGACAUGGAACGCUCCCACUCCAGGCAAACCGUGAAGCCCUCCCCACUCGGGAGAAGCAGAGCUGACCUUAGGACCGAGCACCAGGGCAGGUUGCGCUGACUCUGCGGCCCUCCAGGACGGACACCGGGUGACCCCUUAGGGCACCCAGGCAAGAUCCCUAACAGGCACCCAAUGCCCAGGCCAGGGGGGCUGCAGCCCUCAGCCCCCGCCAGGAUUCCCGGAGGCUCCUGGACUGGAAGCUCCUUCCGCGGUCGGAUUCUGGAGGGUGGGAGGCAUCUUGGCCUGCAGUAAGCGGUGCUGACGGGGACUCUGGCCACAGAGGUCAGGCCUCCUGAAAACGGCACUGCCUUCCACGCUGCCCCAGCUUGCCCCAUUCCUUGUCCGCCAACCCACCGUGAUUCAUCUUCUGAAGCUGGGAGUGAAACUGGGUCAGCUGUAACCUGUUCCUAUUCAUCUGGAAGGAGGGAGGCUUGGAUGAGCGGGGGAUGAGAGCUGCAGGGAAAUAAAUGAGAUAUUCGUCCUUA